AUGGACCCAGCAGAGAAGACCACUGUUCGCUCUGCCCUGUCUCAGCAAGGGGCACUACUUGGUCGACAUCAAGUGCAGAUUUCCGCAUCGAACUGUGCUAUGGAAAAGAUGGCCUCGCAGCUCACAGAGUUUACUACGCUGGUUCAGCAACUCCACCUCUCUCCUGAUCCUAGUCUGGCACAGGAUUUACCUUCUCACCCCUCAACAUUUUCACACGCCUCAGCGAACAGAUCUGAUGUGCGAAUCCUUCCCCCAGCUCCAUACUCAGGUGAGGGAUCUGUAAGAGCUUUUCUCUCACACUGCUCACUCUUCUUCUCCAUGCAAUCCUCUACCUUUACAUCUGACACCAUGAAGAUUGCAUGUGUUAUCACACUCCUUUCCGGGAAGGCUGGAGAUUGGGGAACAGCAAUGUGGGACAACCGUCAUGCCUGCUGCUCGUCCUAUGAGGCGUUUUCUACUGAGCUCCGCAGGGUUUUUCGAUCACACCGCUCAGGGCCGGGUGGCAGGGAGAGUGUUGUCUGA